AUGACUUCCAGGAAACACUGGACUUCCAGGAAACACUGGACUUCCAGGAACACUGGACUUCCAGGAACACUGGACUUACAGGAACACAGGACUUCCAGGAACACUGGACGUCUAGGAAACACAGGACUUCCAGGAACACAGGACGUACAGGAACACAGGACUUCUGGGGAACACAGGACUUCCAGGGACACAGGACUUCCAGGAACACUGGACUUCCAGGAAACACAGGACUUCCAGGAACACAGGACGUACAGGAACACAGGACUUCUGGGGAACACAGGACGUCCAGGAACACAGGACUUCUGGCAAACACAGGACUUCCGGGGACACAGGACUUCUAGGAACACAGGACUUCCGGGGAACACAGGACUUCCAGGAACACAGGACUUCCAGGGACACAGGACUUCCAGGAACACUGAACGUCUGGGAACACAGGACUUCUGGGAACACAGGACGUCCAGGAACACAGGACUUCUGGCAAACACAGGACUUCCGGGGACACAGGACUUCCAGGAACACAGGACUUCCAGGAACACAGGACUUCUGGGGACACAGGACAUCCAGGAACCCAGGACUUCCAGGAACACAGGACUUCCAGGAACACUGUACUUCUGGGAACACAGGACUUCUGGGAACACAGGACUUCCGGUAACAGAGGACUACUGGGGACACAGGACUUCCAGGAACACAGGACUUCUGGGAAACACAGGACUUCUGGGGAACACAGGACUUCCAGGAACACAGGACUUCUGGGGAACACAGGACUUCUGGGGAACACAGGACUUCCAGGAACACAGGACUUCUGGGGAACACAGGACUUCCAGGUACACAGGACUUCUGGGAACACAGGAAUUCCAGGAACACAGGACUUCUGGGGAACACAGGACUUCCAGGUACACAGGACUUCUGGGAACACAGGAAUUCCAGGAAUACAGGACUUCCAGGAACACAGGACUUCCGGGGAACACAGGACUUCCAGGAACACAGGACUUCCAGGAACACUGGACUUCCAGGAACACAGGACUUACAGGAACACCGGACUUCAGGGAAACACAGGACUUCUGGGGAACACAGGACUUCUGGGAAACACAGGACUUCCAGGAACACAGGACUUCCAGGAACACAGGACUUCCAGGAACACAGGACUUCUAG